CCAAGUACAAAAUAUUGAUCUUGAGAGAGAACCUAAGAGAAGGAGUGCAUUAUUUUGAUCAGAUGUCUAACGUUAACCAUUCAGUAUAGUGGGACAUUUCGUUAUAGUGUGACAUAAUUUUAACGCAUAAAGUGAACAGUAGAGAGGAAAACUAGAGAAAUUUUAUUUGUACCAACUACUUAAACUUCAAAAGAAGGAAUUGACUGCCGGAAGAUAAAGAUGGAUGAGUGGGCAGUGGCUUUGAUAUUAAUCGGUGUGAGUGUCCUGGUGACUGCCGGACUUAUAGGAAUGUGCCGGAUGCUCGGAGGAUGGACAUUUUUAUUUGCAUUUAUCACAGGAAACAAAGAAGAACGAACCCAGUUAGCUACACACGAAGAAUUUGGAUCAAACGGCUAUAUAUCGUAUCCACCUCCUGGUUACCUUCCAAACAAUCGGCAAACCUUCAUACCCCAGCAAAGUUUCUCAGACACGCUCAAGUCAGUGCAAGUACAGGGUGUGCCAAAACACAAUGUUCCACCCAUACCUCCACCUCCAGCAUCAGAUCAUCCUUCUCGAAGAUUUUCACUAGACAUGGCCCGGCGAGCCAGCAUUGACACCGAGCUUCCAGACAUCCUAUCUGUCGAAGGAGGAGGUUCCUCUGCAAAGCUUCAAAGAGCUAUGUCCUGUGAUAGCGUCUGUUCAGAUACAUCAGUUGUGUUGGACACGUUAGAAUCUCCAGCUCAUAACGGAGAAUUAGAAGUAUCAUUAGAAUAUUUAAGUCAAUCUGAAGAGCUUAUUGUGACAGUAAUCAGAGGUCGGGGAUUAACACUUCCGGAUUCUCCAUCGACCAAACUGGACAGUUACAUCCGUGUCGUCCUGCAACCUGACGACAGCACAAUCAUGCAGACAGCGGUUCAGCGAGGAACUAAAGAUCCUGAAUAUAAAGAACGUUUUGUCUUCAACGUAACGAAAGCAUCAUUACCCGAACGUGUGCUUAAGUGUAUAGCGUACACUAGCGAUCGUGCUGCGCAGGUUGCCUUGGGACAAGCAGAAGUAAAUCUGUUGAGCAUCAAUUUAAACGAGCUUUAUCAAGCAUGGCUUCCACUUAUAGAUAAUCAGAGAAAACCUAUCGGGUACGGAGAAUUGUUAUUUUCCCUAAGUUACUUGCCAACUGCUGAACGCUUAACAGUGGUCCUUGUAAAAGCAAGAAACUUGGUGUGGACUGACGAAAAAGAUUCUGCAGAUCCCUUUGUGAAAAUCUACCUUCUUCAGAAAGGAAAGAAAAUCAGCAAGAAAAAAACUUCCGUUAAAAGAGGGGACAGAAAUCCUGUAUUUAAUGAAGCUAUGAUCUUUUCCGUACCAGCUGCUGCUCUACAGAACAUCCAGUUGCGAUUGACAGUAGCUGAAUUUCAAUCGGAAGGUAAGACACCAGCCAUCGGACAUAUAUUCGUAGGUCCUCAUUGCUCCGGCAAGCAACUGUCCCACUGGAAUCAGAUGAUCUCAGCUCCAAGGAAACCUACAGCUAUGUGGCAUCCCCUCAAGAAGCGGGACGGAUAACGUGCUUCUUCUUUUGUCGUCUUGUUUUUCAUGGUAAAUAAAUAUUGUGUACAUUCCAAAGGGCCUGGCAUGUGCCAAUGCUGUUUGUCAAUGUUUUUAAAUGUGUUCACAUGGGCCUAACUGCUUUUUCAUAUCGCGGGAUACAUAACUUUAUGCAUUUAUUGCUUAUAUUUAUACAUAAAUAAUAUUCUUUACUAAUGAUUUCUGGCUUUAAUUUUACUUUUUUUUUAAGAAUUGAGAAAUAAGAACACAAAAAUAAGUCAAAUAUUUCAUUAAAAGAAUGGAUAAUUUUUCUCCCUGAAGACAUAUUUACAGUCAAACACAAACUAGUAAUGGAAGAAUUUCAUAAAUUCAUAAGAAUCGUCACUUUUAAUUUUUGAUCAAGUUCAUAAAGCUGUAUUCAAAUUACGAAAAAUAACAUAAACAUUUAUUAUGAACAUUUUAUUCCAUAUUUCGUUCCUUUCUAUCUGUUUUAAAUACAUAAGAAAACAAAACGAUAAAUUACAUGCAACUACAUUGUAUGAAUUACAUCAAUAUCGUAAUUUCAUCAGAAUAUCUUUAACUAACACAGUUGUAAAGAUAAUUCUCGAGCACAAGGCACUGUAUUUCCAUCAAUUAAAAACUAAAAUCAUCGAUCUCAAAUCAGCAGAGAUGAUUCGUAAUAUUUAAAGUCUUGAUUGAAAUGAUUUUUUUAAAAAAAUUAUAAAUAUAUUAAUAUUAGCGAGAGAGAAAAAUUUUCAGACUAUGACGAAUCAUCAUUUAGGUCUAUCAGAGCAAAAGGGAGAUUUAAAAUUAUCAAAAGUCAGUUCAUUUGUGGAAGAAUCUGAAAAGUGGUUCCUUACAAAAUACGCGUCUUAAAAGAAUUAUGCACUGGAUUUUAUUGAUUUUUAUUCCCUCAUUUUGAUAGUUUUUGAGGGUGUGGUUAUUUGUCGAAGUACAAACCAGUAAUAACUUAUAAAACCAGAUUACACUUUAAAUUACUCAGAUUUUAUGUUUACAGGGUUCAUACACACUAGGAAAAAAUUUUUUAAAAAAAGGGAAUAAUGCUUUUUACAUUAUUAUAUUUAUAGCUACCAGAAUAUUUUAUUUUCUCUAAGUAAGCAUAUAUAGAUCCGACGGUAGCGAAAAUGAAUUUUAAUACAACAGUGAAUGCUGAUCUUAAGAAGUUUUCAGCUUCUUUAUAACAAAAUUAAUACCAGUUAAUAAUUUUUCCAGGUUGCAUACGAACCCUGGUUUAAUACACCAUAGAAAGCACCAUCUCGAUAUAUAAUUGUGAUGAUAACAGUAAUAUACCAGAUUUUAUUACUAUUUGUUUUAUUAUUAUUAACCAUUGAUUUCAUUCAUUAACUUAAGCCAUUGGUCACAGCGUUUAAUAAAAAUUCUACUCAAUUUACUUCAAAAUAGCAAUCAAAAGUUUUAAUUUAAUCUAAAACUAACAAAAUAAUUAAUUAUUAGACUUUACAUAAUUUUGAAAAUAAAACCUUAAGCAAUUUUAGAACUGAAUAUUAAUACUUAAAUAGUUAAAAUGCCUUUAGAGUUAAGCAUCUUGCUUCAUCAAGAAAUAUGGACAAGUCUCCUACCACUGUUUAAUAAAUUAAUAGAAAGGCUGUGACCACUGCUCAACACAUUUUUAGAACUUUCACAUGAAAGAAAAAAGAAUUAUCAGGUACAUUUAAAUUUACAAAAAUAUUUUUGAAAAAAAAAUUAUAAUUGUUUUAUAAAUUAAAGUGUUACUCAACCAGAUUUUCAUGCAAGAACUGGCUCUUUAUUAAUUUUAUUGAUAUUUAAUUCAUUGACCACCUACUUCUCUAAAUUUAUGGUCUAGAAAUAUUUUUUUACAAAAAUACUCUCGAAAAAAAGUAUUUUUCAAAAAGUAGAGCA